CUCACUCGCUCCUCCCCUCCCCGAGACGCAAACAGAGGCACAGCCAAGUGACGAAACCAAGAAACGCCGGCGAUCGAGGAUUCGAGAUGGACAUCCUGGAGCAGCCGCUGGAGGCCGUCGCCUUCCGCAUCCACUCCCUCCCCGAGCCCGCCGCGGCGUGGACCUGCCUCGCCGCCGUCCUCGCCGCGGCCGCCGCUGCCGGCGUCUGGCGCCUGCGCUCCUCCACGCCGUCGUCCACCGUUAUAACCGAAGGAUCUUCGAAGCCUUUGGUGGACCUGGAUACGUCCCCGUUGUUGGUGCCAGCGGAGACGGAGAGGUCGCUCGGGAGCUGGAGAUCGUGUGAGGCGACGUCGUCGUCGUCGCUGCCGGCGCUGUCGCCGAGGGAGAGGUACACGGCGUACUACCACGACAGCGGCUGCGUCGGAUGCUGCGACGUGGAGAGCGACGACGAGGAGGCGGAGGAGGAUCGGGAUCCGGAAGAUGACUACGGCGUGUACGGGCCGGCGGAGAUGGAUCCUUUCGAAUGGGAGGUCGUGAGGCCUCUGGUGCCUCUCAUGCCGGCGACGGCUGCAGAGACCGGCCGGUACCUGAGCCCGAGGGCGCUCAGCGGCAGCGUGGUGCGGCUGUGGGAUCAAGGCGCCGACAGGAGCUUCAUGACGGCGGCGGCCAGCCGGAGACGGAUGGGCAGAGCUGGCACCGUCUCGAGCUUCUGAUCUGCCUCAUUUUUAGAUGAAAAAAUUGGCAAUAAAUUGUAAUCUUUUUAGGUGGAAGCAAAAUGUUUCCGUAGCUUAAUCAGGUAGCCCAUGUAACCUGCACUGCACAUACAAUGUUUUCGUCCAUGCAAUCGGUUACUGCCUGCCUGCAACUCGAGCUCCUCCGCUGAACGUUGACGA